AUGACUCGUAAGAAAGUGAAGCUAGCGUUCAUCAGCAACGACUCGUCCCGCAAGGCCACGUUCAAGAAGCGGAAAAAGGGGCUGAUGAAGAAAGUGAGUGAGCUGAGCACGCUGUGUGGGAUAGAGGCGUGUGCUAUAGUGUACAGCCCUUACGAGGCCCAGCCAGAUGUCUGGCCCAAUGGGCCUGAUGGGGCCCAGCGCGUGCUGGCCCACUUCAAGCGCAUGCCGGAGAUGGAGCAGAGCAAGAAGAUGGUGAACCAGGAGAUGUUCCUCCGGCAGCGUGGGACCCGCGCGGCAGACCACUUGAAGAAGCUGCGUAAGGAGAACCGAGAGAAGGAGAUGACGCGCCUCAUGUACGAGUGCCUUGCUGGCCGUGGGGUCCACGGGCUUGCCACGUCAGAUCUGAAUGAUGUGGUGUGGCUGCUCGACCGGAGCCUCGAGGAGAUCUACGGCAGGAUCGAGGCACUCCGCAAGGAUAAACAGCCAACUCAGCAGCAGCAGCAGCCGUGGUUUUCGGAGUGGACCCCACACGUGGAGGGGACUAAUACUAAUACGAAUACUAGUAGUACUAAUACGGCUCUCAAUAAUAUGUGGUCCAAUGUCUUCUUCCCCUGA